AUCGCCGCCGUCUCGCAGAGUGUUUGACGUUUAUCACCCGGGUGCUCUUUCCUAUUAUUUCCUCUAAAAGAUUACAAUUUAUCUCGUCACCCCCCGUUUCCCCCCCGCCUUCCUGUCGGUAUCCUGUCUGCGUAAAACCGUGCAUUAUCAACAAGUUGCUCUGGUUGACGAACCCCUGCCUUAUUCGAACUGCCUUCCGCAGAAAUAUUUCUCGGUGCGUGCGUGCGUGAAUUCGCGUAAACCUUUAUGCCGUGUCGUUUCCGUUUCCUAGCCUCGGAAAAAAAAUCCUUUUUGCCUCUUUCUCGGAUCGGUUUUGCGCGUUAGGUUAUCAUCGAUUUAGAUUGCAAGAAUAGUCCAAUCAGCACUUGAACCGCUGAUUGCCGCAAAAGUGGAUUUCCCAUUGGACCCGUAAUCGGAAGGAUCAAACCACCUCGGUUGGCUCGGUUGGGACCUGGACUUUCCUAGAGUACCGCGUGUGGAUGACAAAAUGAAUAAGAUAUGGGUUGCCUUCGCAGUGUUUGGCGCAAUAUCAAUUCUGCCUACGAGCUGCCGGAUUGUGAAGAGAAGCUACUCGGAUCAGAGCGUACGUGGAUACCUAACGGAGAGGACAUGCUGGUGGAACGAAGUUUGCAAGGAAGAAUUUCAACAACUGUUUCGCUGUAAAUGUCCCCAGUGGUCCUACUGCAGGUCACCCGGGCGCUACUACAACGCAUACUGCUCCAUGACGAACACCGGCUACAUAUGGACACAACCUUCUUGGGACUGGGAUACUGCCUGAAGCACACUGAAUUGCUUAAUUCGCCUGGUAGUUUUAGAGAUUCUGUAGAACUUAUACAAUGACCAUUAGAGCAAGUUACAAUUCGUUCGGUAGUAGCGAUUGAGUUCCUUCGAUUUUUUCAAUGGAUAGAUCAGACGAGUUAUCCAAGCCCCGCAGCGACCAAGUAGUUGAAAAGACACAACCGCAUUCAUAGAGACCAAAUAUUUUAUAUAGAUUUAUAGGCGAAUAGGACUUGAAUAUCAGACCAUAGGCUAGUGCGUUAUACACCGAUAGAUUUUGCUUUUUCGUUGAACAAAUGUUUCACGUGGUAGACUCAGAGGGACUCAAUACCGGCAUCAUGCCGAAGCGGUUGGACAAAAGACCGAAGAUAUCUUACGAAUCGUUCAAACGGAAAUGUAUCACAUAUCCAGCAUAUCAAUCACUGUUCUGAUUGUUCUUUUGAGAAAGUUAAACUGCAUCUAAGUGCAUUUUCAAUCAACGAUUACGUUCAACGAACAUAUCUCAACGAACGAAGAUAGAACCCAGUUCAGUUAGUUUUGAUCCUGAUCCAAUAGUUUCAGAAUCAGUUUUAAUUACCCUGGCUUUACUGAUGUACGAUUAAGAGGAGAAAAUAUCAAAACAUGUUUUACUGUCAGUAGAUUAGAUGCGUUGUUCAGUGAUAUAGAUAGGAGGAGUUCGAGACACAGAAAUUGCAGUUUGGGUGCAAGUGUUUCUCCAUUAUUGAAGUUACAUAACUUACUUACAUGAAUAC